AUGGCAACACUGGUGGCCACCCAAAAGCAGAAAGGGGCCCAGGCCACCGUGUGUGCCCGGAGCACUCUGACCGCCCUCCACAGGGCAGAGGUCAUCGAGGAGCGCUUUGGGCCCACGGUGGUGCCCGUGCCCUUCCUGGAGGACGCCUCCUCCUACGACCUGCUGACCGUUCUGAUCAAGAAGCCACAACUGGGGCAACACCUCCUGCGGCGGCCACGCUGCCUGGUGCCCGUUGGGCCGCUGGAAAGCCUCCUGCCAGGGGGGGCGCCCGCCCGGGAACUGGGCCACUCCACGCGCGAGUACCAUGCCCGGGUGCGCGGAGAGUCGCGCUACGAGGAGACCCGGCUGGUGGACGGCAACCUGCGGAGCAUCCGCCUGGCCAUGGGCGGGGUCCACAAGAAAGUGGCCUUCCUGGCGCUGCGGCCGGGCACAGUGGCCCUGCGCCCAGACCUGCCGUGGCUGCAUGCCCAGAGCAGCAUCUACGUGGUCUACGAGGUCUUCUACUGCAGCAGCCUGGUGCUGAGCGUCACCCAGGGGGACCAGCACCGCAGCUUCCACCAGGACCAGCCCAUCCCCGUGGCCUUCUCCUGCCUGAAGUUUGCCCUCAGCAGCAAGGGGGUGCUGGGCUCUCAGAAGCCCAUGGGCCACCGCCUGCCAGCAAAAGCCGCCUGGGUGAGGAUGGCUGUGCUAGAGCCCCCUCCUCCAAAGAUGCCGCCGGAGCCCCCUCUGCCCGCCGAGAGAGCCGCGACCCGGCGGAAGCGGUGGAGAUCCCUGGGCAGGCCUUCCCGGGCCCUGGCAGGGAAAUGGCCAUUCAAGCGGCACCCUCCCAGGAUCGGGGCCUCCAGCGCCAACUUGGCCGACCCAGAGAGGCACUCCAUGUCGCUGCCCCUCCUGGAGAGCGUCGGGGCCGAGAGCGACACGGAGGAGUGAGCAGCGUCCCAGACGGCCACGAGCAAUAAAAGCCUUUGUGCGCGCACACACACA